UCUUUCAGUUACACAAAUUUCAACUUACCAAUAAAACCCCUCUAAUGAUAUCACUCUCAUUAUUAUAUUAACUGAAUAAUAACAAACCGAUGACGGAAGUUAUGAUGAUGGAGAUCACUUCACCGGAGCAAGAACGGCUGGUCAUGAGAGACAUUGCCAUGGCCGCCGGUGAAGCUCAGACUAAAGAAGGAGAUACUUUUUGUCUCAUCAAUCAAAGAUGGUGGCGAACUUGGUCCGAAUAUGUUAAUCAGAACCUGGCAAACGACGAAUCAUCCGUGGAGCCUCGUGGCUCUGGCAGCUCAAGGACUGUGCAGAAGCCACAAAGCAUUGACAAUUCUGAUUUGAUCUGUGGAUCAUCGUCUGAGAAUUCAACAUUUGAGAUUCAUGAAGCAUUAGUUGAGGGCACUGAUUACAUAUUGGUCCCAGAAAAAGUUUGGAACCAAUUUUAUUCAUGGUAUGGUGGGGGUCCAGCAUUGGCUCGAAAAGCUAUAACUCACAGUUCACCACAAAUAGGAUUGACUGUAGAAGUUUAUCCUCUACGCCUUCUACUGCAUUUAAUGUCCACCGCUGACCAGCAUGACUUAAGAAUAAGCAGAAGGGAAACAGUUGGAGCACUACACAGCAAGGCCUGUGAGACUUUUGAUCUCAAUUCGGAUCAAGUAAGCAUCUGGGAUUACCAUGGACACCAGAAACAUGCUUUAUUAAAUGACUUCGAAAAAACACUUGAUGAGGCCAAUAUACGUGCGGAUCAGGAUAUUCUCGUGGAAGUCAUUAAUAUCAGAAGAAGCUUUACUACUAUUCAAGUGAAUGGCUAUUCAGAGAAUGACCAAUUAACAGUCGUAGAACCUUCUAGAAUGAACCAGUCAAUUGCAGGAAGCUCUACUGCAAACAACGGUUUUUCUAGAAGCCACAAUUCAGAGCUAUUGGAAUUUCAAUCUGCAGCAGAAAAAGCACCCACUUCUUUUGGUGUCAGUACAAGGGGUUCUUGUAUUGGUCUAAUUGGAUUGCUGAAUUUAGGAAACACCUGCUUUAUGAACAGUGCGAUACAGUGUCUUGUUCAUACACCAGAAUUUGCGAAGUUUUUCAUUGAAGAUUUCCGUCAGGAGAUAAACUGGCAAAAUCCUCUAGGCAUGCAGGGUGAGCUAGCUAUGGGAUUUGGUGAGUUGCUUAGGAGGUUGUGGGCCCCAGGACGUGCUGCAGUUGCUCCACGGGCUUUCAAAGCAAAGCUGGCUCGGUUUGCACCACAAUUUGGAGGGCACAAGCAACAUGAUUCUCAGGAACUGCUUGCCUUCUUGCUCGAUGGACUUCAUGAAGAUCUGAACCGGGUUAAACACAAGCCGUAUAUAAAGUCUAGAGAUGCUAAUGGCAGACCCGAGAUUCAAGUUGCGGAUGAAUUCUGGGCUAACCAUAUAUCUCGCAAUGAUUCAAUAGUUGUGGAUGUCUUUCAAGGCCAGUACAAAUCAACUUUGACCUGUCCUGUAUGUGACCAGAUCUCGGUUACAUUCGAUCCAUUUAUGCAUCUCUCGUUGCCGCUCCAAUCAGCCACUCCCCGUACAAUGACGGUGACAGUUUUUAGCUGUGAUGGAAGUGUGAUGCCUGCUACUUGCACAGUAACUUUAUCAACAUUGGGAUGUUGCAGAGACUUAGUACAAGCUCUUAGUAAUGCUUGUUUUUUAAAACAAAAUGAAAAGAUCUUGUUAGCGGAGGUACAUGACCACUUGAUUUACCGAUUCUUGGAGGACCCAUUCAUGCCAUUAUCUGUUAUAAAGGAUGACACACGACUUAAUGCAUACAGAAUUCCAAAGUUAACAAAGAACCCUAUAUAUUUGCAGUUGGUUCACCGUCGUGAAAACCCACCUAGCAAUGCUGGGGGCACAACUACAUGGAAGCCUUUUGGAACACCAUUCAUUUUUCCGAUUUCUUCUGAUGCAACGAUUGCAAGAGGUGAUAUACAGUUGAUAGCUCAUACAAUGCUCUCUCCAUUGCUAAAACAGGAGAACUCCCAAGCCAUUAAAUCAUCAAUAGUAUCGGAAUCACCACCUGCCACCAUUUGUGGGGAAGCAUAUUCACCUGCCAGUGCUUCAUUUAUAAAACUUCCUCUAAAGUUGGUUGAUGAAAACAAUGAUCCUAUUGAUAUUUCGGCCGAAGAAGAGAAAAAUGUAUGUUUGUCCUCAUCAUCAGUGUCGGUGAUACUAUAUAUUGAUUGGUCACCGGAACUUGCAAAGAAAUACAAGAUGCAGUACUUACAAAACUUGCCAGAGGUUUUCAAGAAUGGGCAAGGAAUGAAGAAAGCUCGUAUUGAGCCUCUGUCUUUGUAUUCAUGCAUAGAAGCUUUCCUACGUGAAGAACCGUUGGUACCUGAAGACAUGUGGUUCUGCCCUCAAUGCAAAGAGCGAAGGCAAGCAAGUAAAAAGUUCGAUCUUUGGAGGCUCCCUGAGGUGCUGGUGGUUCAUCUGAAAAGGUUCUCGUAUAGCAGGACCAUGAAAACUAAACUUGAAACAUUUGUCAACUUCCCUCUUCAUGACUUUGACUUGACAAAAUAUGUAGCUAACAAAAACAAUCCAUGUCCUCAAGUAUAUGAACUUUAUGCCUUAGCCAAUCACUAUGGCAACAUGGGAAGUGGCCACUAUACUGCACAUAUCAAGCUUAUUCAUGAGAACAAGUGGUACAACUUUGAUGAUAACCAUGUUACGCCCAUUAGUGAAGAUGAUGUCAAGUCGAGUGCUGCUUAUGUUUUAUUCUACAGGAGGGUGAAAUCUGAUGGAGCUCAUUCUUCAUAAGGUCAAAACAAUUCCCUUUCAUAUGUGAUAUCUGUGCAUCAGUAUAUUUGCAAAAAAGUUUUUAGUUGGUAAUUUGAAGAACUACCUGAAAACUUGGAUGGUUUUACAGCUUUGAUGUUUGCAUGGUUUUAUAUUUGACAAUAGUCAAACUAAAAUUAAAGUUUCUAUGACUGAUUAUGCUUGGAAUAUUUUGGACUGACUUCAUGUAAAUUUCCCUUUCUUUC